UUUGAUGCAGGCCACAGAUCGCAUCUUGAACUCAUUGCGAGGGCUGAUCGACAUUCGACUGCCAGGCUUGGAUGUUUGCUGGAACGAACUUGUUGGAUCUUGACCUGGACACGCUCGUUCGCACGUGAUCGCGCGUUCGUGCUGGACCACGGUUUGAGUCCUUCGACGUUUUCGACGACCUCCAAGCUGACGCCGCCUGUCGUUCUCACCGUCACAAUGGGUCUUUCGGUCAUUGCAGUCGAACCUGGAUGUGGCAGCCCAUGGAGCUUCAUCGGAUCUCGAAUGACGAAGCACGUGUUCAUGAUCCUACCAUGUCUGUCCUUGCGGCUAAUGUUGACGUCGUGAGACGUGUAUGGCCACCAAAGCGAGCGAGGGCUAGGCCGAAAAUCACAUCAGACCUAGCAGUUGGACGCUCACCUUUUGUUUCUGAAAGUUAUGCCUCUGAAAUCCUGCGUGACGACUGCUUCUGGGCUUUGAAUCUGAGCGCAGACCCGGACGAGACUUGCCCUGGCUUUGUACCUGUGCUCGGUCAUCGCGGUGAAAGCGAGAAACAAAUGUGGACACGACCGGCUCAUCCCAGGCAUCUCGUGCGGAAACGGAAACGGGACGCUGUUCGAAACACGAUCUUUAUCUCCAAGCCUUGAACCCGCUUCCCGCUGUUGCACAGUCGUGAAUGGAGAGACACUUGACUGCCGCCAGACGUGACGAACCAGGCCGUCUUUUGUACGACAAAGGGCUGAGCCAGCACCACCAGCAGGGACCAAGCUCACGCCUUCACGGUUACACAGUCGAGAUUGCGGGCUGGUUGCGGCAAGCAAAUAACGAACGGACUGUGAUCAGCGUUUGUGAUUGUGCGCAUUUUGUAUUGACUUCAACGUUAGAUGCUCUCGCCUGUACUGGUUGGAUCUAUCCCAUUGACGCUUCCUCCAUCCUUAGCCGCUAUUUCUCGCUCGGAUUCACGCAUUGCUACGGCAACAACGACGACCACAGAGACAGAGACAAACUUCUUGACAAAUUCGCGUCCCUCUCUUUCACUUCAUACUUCGAUCUUCCUCCUCAAACACACUAUCAUUCUGUCAGCCUAGGGCGUGUAAACCUUGCUGCUCCUACAUACCACCCUCGAACACACCUGAGUGACAAGUAGCUUACGUAUAGGUUUAAAUCACAAGAGACCACGUUUACGACAAUCACGAUGCGUCGCCUCAUCUCCAUCACCUCGUGCCUUAACCUAGUUCUGCUUGGGCCUUCCAAUGCAUGGGCGACCGAUGCCCCCGUAGUUGAAAACAACCCCCAGAACGUACAAUACGUCGCUGAGUUUAGCAAGAACGGCCUGAUCGGCCGUAUCGUCGCCAACACACCCUCGGCCGCGCCAGGUGUCGCUUUCGACAUCAGCAUCACUGGCAACGCCACCUUCGACUCUUCUGACUAUCUUUACCACAUCCAUGAGCAGCCCGUGCCUGCGGAUGGCAAUUGCAGUGCAACGCUCGCUCACCUUGAUCCGUACGGACGCGGCGAAACACCCCCAUGUAACGCCAACGACCCGGCUUCGUGCCAGGUCGGUGACCUCAGCGGCAAACACGGCACCAUCCCUCACUUGCCCGGCUUCAGCGCCAGCUACGUAGACAACUACAUCUCCUUGACGCCAGGCACGCCCGCCUUCAUGGGAAACCGCAGCUUCGUGCUGCAUUUCUCCAACAAGACGCGCAUCACGUGCGCAAAUUUCAAGCUCGUCGACCUGCCGGCAGCGAGCAACGUCACUGACACCGCAAGCUGCAGCCCGACAGGGUGCGGCUCUUCCACCGCGGCUUCUCAGACGCUCGCGUCCACUGUCACGGGUGUUUUCACAACCGUCUCGUCGACUGUGCACAGCGCCACGACGGCCAGUUCGACGGGCGGCGGUUUAAUGGCGUCCAGCGACGCGCAGAAGAUGAAUCCACGCAUACCUGGAGCGAUAGCCCUGGGGCCGCUUGUGUUCUGCGUUGCAGCUGCGGUGUGGUAGAAAUUUUCGUCCAUCCGCUCCCUCCCACCGCCCUGCGCUCCUCUUUUUUCCCCCAGUGUUUCUUUCUCCCCAGCGCCACGCCUUCGUUGCACACCCUGCGUUUUUGCUACCUGGUUUCUGACAAUUUUGCUCCGUACAAGCAGGCAAGCAUCUUGAUGGCGUUCUGGUUCUACUGCGUCGGCAUCGAGCCGUGAAAGGGGUAACUACGAGCGAGGGAGGAGAGGGAUGGAGGUGAGAUGGAAGGAAGGAGCGGGAAAGAAGAGCGAAAACUACGAGGCUCUCGAAAACCUGGCGAGCAGCCAUCAAUAGUACUGAAAGACAUCUUCCAUGCAGCAUUUGCCUGACAGUCAAGUUGCACAGUCUGCACAAUUCAUUCGUUCAACAGAAGCAACGAAUCACCUCCACAUUCGCUCGAUGAAGAG